CGGCUCUCGUGAAUUGUGAAGAAGUAUCAGCCUUUCCCUGCGCACCGGCUUUUCCAGUCUCGGCCGCCUUUCCACAUUGUCGCCGACGAUCUUCUCAGUGAUUCAGCAAUCGCAGUCUAUCUUUCAAGAUGCUCUUCAACCUUCAGUCGCUGGCUAUACAGCUUCUUGCGGCAGCGACAUGCGUCUCUGCCCUGCCUACUGGCAUUGAGAAACGGGCGGUCAUUGGUCACGAUGCCGUCGUUGGUUUCGCUCAGGCCGUCCCUUCUGGCGUAGUCGGAACACUGAUGCUGAAGUACAAGCCGUACCUCAAAGUCUUCAACGGCUGCGUUCCGUUCCCCGCGGUCGACGCGGCCGGUAACACAGGCGGCGGCCUCCAAACCAGCGGCUCCUCCAACGGCGGCUGCUCCGCAUCCACCGGCCAGGUCUACGCGCGCGCCGGUACCUACAGCGGCAAGUUCGGCAUCAUGUACAGCUGGUACAUGCCCAAGGACUCGCCGUCGACUGGGCUCGGCCACCGCCACGACUGGGAAAACAUCGUCGUCUGGCUGUCCGCGCAAUCCACCUCCGCGACUCUCACCGGCGUUGCCAUCUCUGCUCACGGCGAUUACCAGAAGGAGGCGUCGCCUGCGCUCCAGGGUACUGGCCCCAAGAUCGGCUACAUCAGCUAUUUCCCUGUUAACCACCAGCUCAUCGGCACCGGGGAUCUUGGUGGCCAGCAGCCGCUGAUUGCGUGGGACAGCAUGACUGCGGCGGCGCGCUCGGCGAUUGAGACUACCGACUUCGGCUCCGCGACACCGAGCUUCAGGGACAGCAACUUCCAGAGCUACCUUGCGGAGGCAUUCUUCUAAGCGACCAGCGACGUUACAGAAAGCAAGCAUGGUUUUGCUGCCACCUCAAAACUCUAUGAAUAAUGAACAUUGUUACGACAUGAUGCUUUUUUUGUGCCUUUUGACACCCUUUGUUAUGAUCUCUCGACUCGACUUCGAUUCCGCUUCCAGUCCUUUGUCUCAUCUUGCCUUCUCACAAUGGUGCCAUUCUCGC